AUGAACGCGCUCCAACAAAAAUGUCGCCCGAAGCACCAGGUUUUAGUCCUGAAGUGCUACCCGCGGACAACCAAGGGCGCCGUCGAUGUUAAACCGAAUUCUAGCGAACUGAGCUAUUUGCUCUUUUAUGCCACUUCUCGACGCUCCAAAAUCCAGAAGAUUGGCUCCUUUCUGGAGAAGAAGACGGCCAGCGAUGUUUGGCGACAGCGCAUCGGAAAUGUCCAAGUUACCCUCCGAAUUCUCACAGCAUUGAUUGAGAAGGCUCCCAAGGACCUACCGCUGGUUGCUCCCAAUGUUCUUAAAAUUAUCGACCUGAUCCUUGGCUCCAAGGACAUCACCAUGGUCGAGUCGUCUAUUCCUACCUUCGAGGCCUUUUGCGAAAACCACGACACUUCAUCCUCAUUUGCCGAUCAGGCCUAUCUUGCUCAGUACGAGUCCAUCGUCCGCACAUAUGCCUCCCUCGCCUCGACCCGCCAAAAUCCUGGAAAAGGCGCUUCCAGCAAGCCUGUUUUGAUGCGAUGGAGAAACGCUGGUUUGGAGGCAAUCAGGAGCGUAUCCUCUUCGGAGGCUCUGUCCUCAGUUACUGGCCGCCAGUUUGAUGUCAUUGUUCCCGUGAUUCUGGACAACCUCUGGUGGGACGACGACGAGCUGCUUGAGACCCUCCUGUCGCGGAUACAGAUGGAAGAGAAAGUCCAAACCGAAAAGCUUCGUCGUAGGACGAGCGUCGCAACUCAGGGGACCGGCGAUACGGGUGAAGCCAACCCUAUUGCCCUAACUGGUACUGCCCUCGAUGUGGAUAAGCUGGCCGAAGAGGACGUUGGUGUACUUGCUCUGCAAUGCCUAAAGCAGAUUUUUGUGGUGCCCAACCGGCCACAGAUUCACUCUGCUACCGCAGCCCUAUUUCAAUUCAUCGAAAAACGUGUCGCGAACGGCAACAUUGUCGUAAAAACGGACGAGAAAUCUGCCAAGGAUCAUGGUUGGGCAAUUAGCAUCUACGACACAAUCGCGCGAUGGGCCCCCGUUCAAGACCGCUACGUCAUCCUGGUAACUGCGCUGGAUCAUUUGUUGAAAUCGCCCGUUAAGGAUGACAAUCUCAAGCUGCACUUGGCUCUGACUGCCAUGAUUGGAUCCUUGCUACGGUCCGACGUCAACCUGAUUGGCCUGAGCGCCAUGGAUGUCUUGCUGGGCUUGACACAGCAUAUGAAAAAGCUCAUUCACCUGCCUGGUGGCCUUGGAAGAGUAGACGGGGAGUCCGAAGCUGGGCCGCCAUCCUCUGUUCAGGCUUCUGGAGAAACCAUGGCUCAAAGACGCGAGCUCCUUGAGCGUAUCCAAUCCUGCAUCGGAGACCUUGCGACACACGUCUACUAUGCAGACCAGAUCUCUGAUAUGAUAUCUACCAUCCUGCUUCGACUUAAGCCGUCCAAGUCCUCAAGUACCAGCUCGUCGCCGCAAGCAGAAAAUGCUGAACAGACCUCAACAGACGACCUCAAUGGUAGUCAAACUCAAGUAGAGACCUACCUUUCACGUAACGUGGGCAAAACGGCAGCCUUGAAGGCGAUUAAGAAUAUCCUUCUUGUGGCAAACCCGCGAGCACAAAUGUCUGGUAACAUGAACUUGUCAAGGAACAAAGUACCAAUCCAAGUCUGGGAGAAUACCCAAUGGCUCCUGCGGGACCCAGAUGGUGAGGUCAGAAAGGCAUACGUAGACGCACUGUUGACUUGGCUUGACCGCGAAACCACGCCAGCAGACCUCAAGGCUCGGGAUGAGCAUACACAACAUCACCGAUCUUCACUAAAGAACAGCCGCGAACUCCAGCCUGGUAAUGCCGCCCAUCGAGCUGCUUCUAGCGCGUCCAACCGAGACAAGGCCUCACGGCAUCGGUCGCACUUCCUUCAGCUUCUGCACAUUGCAGUUUAUGAUAACGCCUUGCAAUACGUUGACUUCGAUUAUGAUAUCGUCCUGCUGCAUGUCCUUCUCAACAAGCUAGUAACUCGUUUGGGUGUGAAUGCAGCUCAGUACGGACUGCCUAUGGUCUUCCGUCUUCAGGAAGACAUUCCCGAUGCCGAGACACCUGUGCAGAAGGUCCGCCUUGGUAGUCUCUGCCAUGGAUAUUUCUGGGCCGUCACCGAAGUGUUUGACAUUGAAAACUCGGCCGUGGGCCGUGCUAUCACAAACGAAGUCAUCCGACGGCGCAGUAAGCAUUUCUGGACCGAAGGGGUGGCUAUUCCCCCACCGGCAAUGGAGGUUAUCACACCUGGAGUGUCUACGUCACUUACAAAAAUGCCCGCCGACGAGGUUGAGUCUGAGGCCCUACUGCCAUUUGAUGAUCGAACGUCGCUCGUGGAGAGCAUCACCGCAAGCUAUGCGGACACUAGCGUGUCACCACCAACAAGUCCUGCACAGUCACCUGGGCGCAACUUUUCGCAUCCGAUUCUUAGCUCAUCACUCAGCACUGUUGCUCCAAACCCUGACAGUGAGCUGCCAUCAGCCUUCCGCGAGCACAUGCUAGCAGAAUGGUCGAGGGACUCAGCCAUGCUAGCUCUCCAAGCCGGGAGCAAGUCGGAGUCGUUGGCUGGCUCCAAAACUGGCACUAUGGGAACCAACCGACACCACCUGACGGUCAAUGGCGCUAAUGGCCAAGGAAACACGGCGGCGUCUUCGCCAGUCGGUAGCCAACAAAAUCUGCGCCCAAACACAUCCCACACCCACGGCGGCUUAUCUCCCAUAAGCAAGCUUCGAAAAAGCAGUGUCAGAAGUGGCGUGUCGCCAUCUCGCUCAGAUUCCAGCAGGGGUGUUGUUACAUCUGUUGACCAGCUUAAGGCAGUUUUGACAGGCCAAGUGCCGGCCACACCGAUCGGCACAUCAGCUGGAUUGCACCAUGAUAGCGAUAGCGAUAGCAUGGUCAGCUAUGACUUCACGCCGUCGGAACUCAGUUUCAACCCGGCCACCUCGCAGACAGGAAACGGCGACGCGGCGUCUUUAGGCCGCCCGCGUUCUGCAUCGCAAUCCAGCAAAGGUGGGCCGUUGAAUUCCAACCCUCUGUACGAGCAGAGCGAAGACGAAGAUGUCCCACCGGUGCCGCCACUUCCUGAGCAUAUCGGAGGGCUGUCAUCGUCGAUUUCUAUUCAGGACUAUGCGGUGAAGCCGGCGAAGAGAGAUGACCCUGAAUUCUUUACUCUGGCUCGUACACCCGACUCUUCACCGAGCUCACCGCCCGAAGGUGUGUAUGUCGACAAGAUGAAGCCCGCAACACGCAUACCUCUCCGCCUCUUCGCGGCUUCUUCGCCGCUGUCGCCCUACUCCGCCGCCACAUAUACCGGACGACAAUGCAUCGCCGCCGCGAGAACCAUCUCGUCGACGCCCCUCAAGCCCGCCGAGGUCGCGCCCGUUGUCGGCACCGGCCCGCCGCCGGAGCCGCCCGCUCCCACCACCGAGGCUGAUGACCGUGCCGCUGAGCUGCGCGCCCGUGUCGAGAGGAGGAGGAAACAGGCCGAGAUGCUCAAGCAGGCCAAGAAUAUCCGCGGCGCCGCGGAAGCCAAGGCUAGCGGUGCCGCUGGCAAGGCCGCCGGCCUGACGAGGAGAUUCUGGAACGACGUUAGUGUGCAGGAGGUCAAUGGCGCCCUGCAGGUCCAUCUCGACGCCCGUCCCCUCCGUCACCCCAAUACCAAGGAGAUCAUUCGCCUUCCUCCCUCGAAGCAGCACCUCGCCUCCGCCCUCGCGAUCGAGUGGGACCUCCUCACAUCUUCCCAACAGGCGACGAGGCAGCACCUGAUCCCUCUGACCUCGCUCGUCUGCCGCGCAAUCGACAUCGCCGAGGACGACGCUGCGUCCGCCACCAUCCGCGAGCAGAUUGCCACCACUGUCCUGCGCUACCUCGAUACCGAUUCUCUUCUCUGCUGGGCCCCGCCCCCUGGAGUCUCCGACAGGCGCAACGAGGCCGGCGAGAGCCUGAGAGACGUGCAGAAGCGCACUGCCGAGGGUAUCAUCUCGUUCCUGACCUCCCGCGUCUGGCCUGGUCUGGACAUUGUCCCGGUGCUCGACGGAGAGAGCAUCUUUCCGCGCCGACAGAACGAGGGUGUGAGAGAGGUUGUGCAGGGCUGGGUUAUGGGGCUCGACCCCUGGGAGAUUGCCGGCCUGGAGCGCGCCGUGUUGGCGGGCAAGAGCAUGAUCGGCGCCGCGAGGUUGGUCGUUGAGUGGAGCGAGGGUCCUGUCGGCGACAGAGUUCCCGGUGCCGACCGGUUCGGUGUUGAGGAGGCGGCCACGGCUUCCAGCUUGGAGGUGACCUGGCAGACGGGCUCCUGGGGCGAGGUUGAAGAUACGCACGAUGUUGAGAAGGAGGACUUGCGCAGACAGCUGGGCAGUGUGGUUCUUCUCGUCUCUGGCACGAACCGCAAGUGA